AUGUCCAAAGAGCUUCAUGGAAGUCCUCUUGCUACCCCUUUACAAGCACCUAUCGUUGGCCCUGAGACUAGUCCAUCACUUGACGAUAGCCCAAAGGCUCCCGAAGGUCAGCCGGUAUAUGAUCACAGUGUGGAAAAAGUGAUAGACAUCUUUGAAAAUAGCAACAAGGAAGUUGUUGAAAGUGAACUUGGUGAAAUUUUUCACAAAAUCGAAGAUUCUCCAGUAACUGCAGAAAUUACUCCUUUACCUUACUCUAAAUUGGUUCCUCUGAUGAUCGGUCUAUGUGCUGGAAUGCUACUUUCGUCCAUGGACUCAGUCAUGUUUGAUAAUGCUCUUCCCAGAGUGAUUAGCGGUUUUAAUGCCUUGGAUAAAAUAGGAUGGAUUAAUGUUGUUUUUGCCAUGACUACUGCGUCAUUUAUUCCUCUUUAUGGCUCCUUCAGCGAUAUCUUUGGGAGAAAAGCUUCCUUGAUAGCCGCCAUCGUAAUCUAUGAAAUUGGACAAAUAAUCACUGGUGCUGCCUCUGGUUCAAAUGCUGCCAUCCAAAUUAUUAUAGGAAGGGCCAUUGCGGGCAUUGGAAACGGUGGAAUUGUAACACUUCUCUUUGUAGUCGUGACUGAUGUUGUUCCUAAACGCGACGUACCAAAGUACCAAGGUAUUAUCAAUGCCAUAUGGGGAAUUUCGGCCAUUGUUGGACCUCUUCUUUCUGGAAUCUUUGUGGAUAAGUCUUCAUGGAGGUGGAAUCUGUAUCUGGGCACCUUUGUGGCAUUGCUAGCAAUCACCUGUCUUUAUUUCUUCUAUAAUGUUGAGGCUCCCAAACAAAAUGGCUUUGAAAAGAUUAAAUCAAUCGACUGGCCAGGUCUGGUAACCUUAGUAGGAGGAUUGGCAUGCUUGCUUACGGCUAUUGAUGCCGGCGGAUCUGAAACUUUCGCAUGGACUUCUUCUACCUCGAUUGCCCUGUUCACUGUUGGAGGUGCUUUUCUGGUAGCUUUCUUAGUCAUUGAAUGGAAAUUUGCAAGUCGACCAAUGGUACCACUGCAUCUUUUCAAAGCGAGAACAGCUGCAAGCGUCCUUGCUAGCGAAUUCUUCUUUGGAAUUGCGUUUUUUCCUACUUACGUGUAUGCUCCAGUUUACCUCCAAGUCAUUUUUCGUUUCACGGGCUUACAGUCUGGGAUUCACUUUCUUCCAUUUCUUCUUGGUCUCGUUGCUGCUGCCGUUGUUGCUGGAAUGGCUAUGUCGCUUAUGGGUCGCACUCGAGAGGUUUCAUGGUUGGCUACGUCAUGCUUGGUGGCAGGGACCGGUGCCAUGUCCACCUUGGAUGAAAAUAGCAACGAUGCUCACAGAAUCGGCUGUAUGCUACUGAUGGGUAUAGCCUGUGGUCUUUGCAUCUGCUCACUCUUGCUCAAUGCCCAAAACUGUGUUCAGGAUAAAAAUCUCGGUACCAUGACAGCUUUAGCAAACUUUGCACAGCAGCUUGGCGGAGCCGUCGGAAUCAGCAUUGCGUCCUCAGUUUACAUGGAAUCCCUGCUUUCUGGCCUUGCCGGUAUUCAAAACCUAGGAGAGUCGCCACUGGUACUAAUAAGCAACAUACAGGCCCUUUGGUCAUUGCCGGUCAAUUUGCAGCAGCAAGUUGUCUCUAUUUGGGGGUCAUCUUUCAAACUGAUAUAUUACGUCGGACUGGCUUCGGCGUCUAUUUCUUGGUUAUGUUCUCUCUUCAUAAAGCAUUAUCCUAUGGUACAUACUUAA